UUCGGUGCGACGACUCGGACGUCAAAAUAAAAUCUUUCUCUUUGAAGUGCUGUCAAACAAUAUAAACAGCACGUGUAAAAAUGCGUAUAGAAACUUGUUAUUUCUGCUCCUCCCGAGUCUAUCCGGGGCAUGGGAUCCAAUUCGUGAGAAAUGAUUGCAAGAUUUUCAGAUUCUGCCGUUCAAAAUGUCACGCGGCAUUCAAGAAGAAGAAGAACCCGCGUAAGACCAAAUGGACCAAGUCGUACCGUAAGACAGCGGGCAAGGAGUUGGCGAUCGACCCCUCCUUCGAAUUUGAGAAGCGUCGCAACACUCCACUGAAGUACAACAGAGAGUUAUGGACGAAGACCAUCGAGGCCAUGAAGAAGGUUGAAGAGAUCCGUCAGAGGAGGUCCAACACGUACAUCAUGAACCGCCUGCGCAAGGGCCGCGAGGUGGAGUGGCAGCGGGACGUCAGAGAGGUGCAACGGGACAUCUCACUUAUCAGGUCCCCAGCAGCCGGCCUCAAGCAGCGCCAAGCUGAAGAAGAGGAGGCGGAGAUGGAAGUGGAGCCCGAGACCAUCGAGGUCAUUGACUCCAAGGGCCGCAAACAGAAGAUCACAGCACCAGUCAUGAUACCCGAGGCUGGACAGCUCAUUGAAGUAGGCGGCGAAAUUGAGCUUUAAAAUCAGCAGACUAAGGUCCAAUUUGUGAAGAAAACUAAAGGUUGACUGGAAGAAAUUACAAGUUUGGUUCAUGAUCAUAAUCAUAAUAUCUCAGAAAUGGAUAAGAUAGAUGUUUAAGUGUCUUGAAGAAUAUAAAAACAAUUAAAUUAAUUUGUUUUCAUAGUAUUUGAACCUGUCCUUGUGCUAGUAUACAGUGGAUGCUUCACUGUAAUAUUAGAAUCCUUUCAAUAAGGUUUCAUUAAAUCCAUUUGAUGUUAUUUAGUGUAAUUAAAUUAUUUUUAAGUA